CUGCGCCAGCGGCGCCACUUCUUCACUUACGUCAAAACACUUUACGACGCCGUGCGCGGUGGCAGUGGUUGCUGCGGUGAGGCUCUCGGGGGCUGCCGGGUCCCGGCCUUACACACGGAUUUCUGUGUGUCCAGCAAAGUCCACUUUUCAAAUCAUGGAGGCAGAGCAGAUUAUGGAGGGACAGCCACAGGUUCCAGAAAAUCCCCACUCUGAAUAUGGCCUCACUGAAAAUGUAGAGAGGAUAGUAGAAAAUGAGAAAAUAAAUGCAGAGAAAACAUCGAAGCAGAAAGUGGAUCUUCAGUCGUUGCCCACACGUGCCUACUUGGAUCAGACAGUUGUACCUAUCUUACUACAAGGACUCGCUGUGCUUGCAAAAGAGAGGAACUUCAUAAACUCAGUGUGAAACUAUGGAAGACUGCUAUGAAAUUGAAACUAUGAAAUGACAAAAAGUGAAAGAUUUAAUACAAAUAAACACAAAGUGAUGCACCUAGGAGGAUAAUGCUAGUGACAAAAUUAUUCUUCCUUCUUGUGAAAAAAAUAGCUUUAAACUGUCAAAUAUAUGUGUCAGUGCAUUGCUCAGUCAAAAAGAAAUACCAAAUGGUAUUAGAAUUUGAAUGGGUAAGAACAAGCAGAAUGUCACUAUUUAAAUUUAUAAUGUUCUCAUAUUUUUAAUAUUGUGUCUAAGUCACAUUCCUUUGUAUUCUGGUGGAACGUGAAAAAAGUAAGAAUGACGAGGUUGUCAGAAGUAUGGAAUGCUGUCUGUAUACAGAGUGACUGAAUAGAUACCUAGAAAUGACACUUCUGAGAGAAUAUAAUAGGAAUCUGUUGAAUCAUGAAUAGCACAAACAUGAAGAGUUGGGAUGGAUUGUUUAUUUUCUCUUCUGAUAGAGCAAUCCAAUUAAGUGAAGCAGGUAGCAAUUUCAUAAUGAACAAAGAGGUGAUCCUUCACAGCUCACAUAAUUAAGCUAUAUAAUUUUUUGCCUUAGGUUGAGGAUAUUAACAUUUUAUUUGGGGGCAAGGGCUAACUGGACUAAGUUGUAGAGGAAUCCACCAGGACUAUUAUAGGUGCCAACACAGAACUUGGUACAUGGUUGGAGGCCAAAAGGAUGAUAUGCAGAAAUAUCUUUGUGCAGUUAUGUGUGCCUUCACCCCCUUUUUUAAUGCUCUUUAUAGGCUAUUUGCUCACUGCCAGGCCUUUGGCCUGACUCAGUAUGGAAUAAGUAAAUUUAUUCUGUGGACAGGAUCCAGAUUAUCAAGAUUCAUGCACUGUAGCUGGAAGAACUUUUUUAAAAAACCUUGCAGGUGAAGGCCAGUGAUCAAAAGUGUUAGCGACCUCUUGCAAGUUACAGCACCGAGAAAACAGCUCUAACGCACAAAGCUAUGCAGUAACCAUUUGGUGAAAAUGAAGCAAGAAAUCUCUGACAGAUUAACUUCCACUUUAUGCAGCACGAGUUACAGAAAUAGGCAAAUGUGUGUAACUUCCAAUGGUGUGCAUGCAGUAUUUACACUUACAGACUGUACUCUAGUUCUAGGUAUGUGGCUGUUCUAGCAAGUCAGUAACACUGAACCAGCAGUGGCUACAACUCCUUAUUAAAAACUUUCUCCUCAGACAUAAACUAGUAGUUUACAGGGUAACUCUAGGGAGUUGAUUAUCCCUACAUCAGUGUUUGUGUCUGGGAGGAAUUAUGUUGCUUUUAAAGGGAGGGUAAUUAGUUCUUCAGCUAUUUAAUUUAAUCUAACAAAAAUUAGUAACAUUUUAUUUAUUUUCUUCU